AUGUCAAAAAGUGUUUCCGAUAGGACGAAGAAAGCCGGUGGUAAAGACGAUUCGUCCAGCGAGAGCGGAGAGAAGAAGUCCAGCAAACAGACUAAGCCAGCUGGAACAACAAAAGGUGCUCAACCCACACACGCUUCAGCUGCACCACACGCUACAACUAAGGCUGCUCAACCCACACAUGAGUCAGCUGCACCACACGCUACAACCAAGGCUGCCGGAACUGCUAAGCCAGUGAAAACAACGAAGAAAGCCGGUGGUAAAGACGAUUCGUCCAGCGAGAGCGGAGAGAAGAAGUCCAGCAAACAGACUAAGCCAGCUGGAACAACAAAAGGUGCUCAACCCACACACGCUUCAGCUGCAUCACACAGUGCUACAAAGGGUACACAUGGAACUAAAGCUCCAGCCACGAAGGCCUCUUCAGGACCAAAACCAACUAAACAUGUGGACGACAGCAGUUCAGAUUCUGACGAAAAGCCACAUGGAACCCGCAAGCCACGUCCAUCGGGCGUCACCAAGGGAACCAAAGCUCCAGGUGCCACCAAGGCUCCAGCCACCAAGGGACCCGUUGCAAACGGUACAGUCACUGAAGCCUCAGCCACGAAGGGGCCAGCUGGAACUAAAGCUCCAGCCACGAAAGCCUCUUCAGGACCAAAACCAACUAAACAUGUGGACGACAGCAGUUCAGAUUCUGACGAAAAGCCACGUGGAAGCCGCAAGCCACGUCCAUCUGGCGUCACCAAGGGAACCAAAGCUCCAGGUGCUACCAAGGCCACCAAGGCUCUAGCCACCAAGGGACCAGCUGGAACUAAAGCUCCAGCCACGAAAGCCUCUGCAGGACCAAAACCAACUAAACAUGUGGACGACAGCAGUUCAGACUCUGACGAACAGCCACAUGGAAGUCGCAAACCACGUCCAUCGGGCGUCACCAAGGGAACCAAAGCUCCAGGUGCCACCAAGGCUACGAAGGCGCCAGCCACCAAGGGUCCAGCAACGAAGGGACCCGUUGCCAACGGUACGGCCACCAGAACACCAGGCACUAAGCGACCAGCUGGAAGUAAGGCUCCAGCCACGAAAGCCUCUGCAGGACCAAAACCAACAAAGCGUGCGGACGACAGCAGUUCAGAUUCUGAUGAACACCAACAUGGAAGCCGUAAACCGCGUCCAUCUGGUGUGACCAAGCGAACCAAAGCUCCAGGUGCCAGCAAGGCGACGAAGACACCAGCCACGAAAGGACCAGUUGGAACGAAGGCUCCAGGCACUAUAGUGCAUGGUUCUACGAAAGCGGCUCCAGGUACAACGGUUGUGAAGAAAACACGAAAACCGUCGGGCGGUGCAGGAAAGACUGGUUGCCCACAACGUAGUUCGGAGUCUGAUUCAUCUGAUUCGUCAUCAUCAUCUGAAGAAGGUAAACCGAAACCAACACGAAAGACCCAAGUGACGAAGCGCCGUACUGGCCAUGUUGUUCGAAUUUUGUCGACAUCAGCUGAUGUUCCAUACAGUAAAGAUGGUCGAUUCGAUUCAACUUGUGCCAAGUGUGCCUUACGUAAAAUUAGUUCUACAUUGUUGUUGGAAGGUGUAACCUUGGAACAAAUCUCCAGUCGACUCUGUGGACGAUUCCCUCAAAACUUUAAAUAUGUCUUAGCAGCUGAAAUUCGUAAAUUCCAGAGAGUUGGUCUGAAGUCGAUUGACAUUACCAAUAUCUCAACCGAUAAGAAAAAUAACUUAAUCAUUGAUUUUGAUAUUAUUGUUGAUCCAAAAUACAAUGAAGCAAUUCGAAGCGCUUUGCGACGUGCUGUUGUUGCAGUUGACCUUCAACGUGUAUUCAAAUACCAACAACGCUAUUAA